CUGUGCGCACGCGCCGCCGCUCCCCGGGGGCUCGCGGGCACCCGCGCGGCGCCGGUUGGCCUUCCCGCCGCUCGCCCGGGGGCGCGCUUGCGCGCCGGCGGCUGCGGACACCCGCCUGCCUCCCCGGCGCGGCGGGCCAUGGAGGCCCUGCGGAGGGCCCACGAGGUCGUGCUCCGCCUGCUGCUGUGCAGGCCGUGGGCCUCGCGCGCCGCCGCCCGCCCCAAGCCCAGCGCCUCGGAGGUGCUGACGCGGCAUCUGCUGCAGCGGCGCCUGCCGCACUGGACCUCCUUCUGCGUGCCCUACAGCGCCGUCCGCAACGACCAGUUCGGCCUCUCGCACUUCAACUGGCCGGUGCAGGGCGCCAACUACCACGUCCUGCGCACCGGCUGCUUCCCCUUCAUCAAGUACCACUGCUCCAAGGCUCCCUGGCAGGACCUGGCGCGGCAGAACCGAUUCUUCACGGCGCUCAAGGUCGUCAACCUCGGUAUUCCAACUUUAUUAUAUGGACUUGGCUCCUGGUUAUUUGCCAGAGUCACAGAGACUGUGCAUACCAGUUAUGGACCCAUAACAGUUUAUUUUCUCAAUAAAGAAGAUGAAGGUGCCAUGUAUUGAAAGUGUGCAUCGAAGAACAUAAAUAUCAGUGGAUUUUCUCUGUGUAUAUGUGCAAUAUUUAUUUUUGAUCCUUUAAAAUAAAACUUUUGCAAAUAC